UUAUGAUGUCACUUAAAAGCGCCGAGCCGGUUGUUGUUCAGUCACACAGCUGCAUGGUGAUGGGGAGCAAUCUGGUAAAAUCACCAAAUCUGCAAGCUGGCGAGUGAAAAACAGUAUUAAGGUGCUUUCAUACAAGACCAGAACACGUUAUUUAAGCGGCUGCCAAUAAAUAAAUAAAUAAAAAAUAAAAAAUCAUAAGACACCAAAUCGAACAAAAGGGUAAUUCGAAGGACACCGGUAGUUUUGAAACUCACUUGUCUGGUGAGGAGCGAAUACUAUUAAAGAACGUAAAAAAAAAAAAAAAAAAAUCAAAUGACUACAGUCAUUUCUUAUUUGUUUUGGUGAACUGGAGGUUUGUAACUCGCUUUCGACACGAACCGAAGCUCGAAUCACUUGUCCCUGUCAACUUGGUUUGAAACGUCACGAUGAAGUGCCAUUAUGAGCUUCUGUGUGUCAGAAGAGACGCUACGGAUGACGAUUUGAAAAAGGCCUACAGAAAAUUAGCUCUGAAAUGGCAUCCAGAUAAGAAUCUGGACAAUGCAGAAGAAGCAGCAGAACAGUUCAAACUUAUCCAGGCUGCAUACGAAGUUCUCAGUGACCCACAAGAAAGAGCCUGGUACGAUAACCACCGCGAAGCACUGCUGAAGGGUGGAGUGAGUGGAGAGUAUGAAGACGAUAGUGUGGACCUCCUGCAGUUUUUCACUGUUACCUGUUAUUCUGGGUAUGGGGAUGAUGAUGAGGGAUUUUAUUCUGUGUAUCGAAACUUGUUUGAGACAAUUGUAAAUGAGGAACAAGAAAACAGUAAGGAAGAAGAGGAGUUCCCCACAUUUGGAGACUCACAAAGUGAUUAUGACACGGUCGUCCAUCUCUUUUAUGCCUACUGGCAGAGUUUCUGCACCAGGAAGAACUUUGCCUGGAAGGAGGAGUACGACACGAGACAGGCCUCCAACCGCUGGGAGAAGCGGGCGAUGGAGAAGGAGAACAAGAAGACGAGGGAAAAGGCACGCAAGGAGAGGAACGAGCUGGUGCGGCAGCUGGUGGCAUUCAUCCGCAAACGGGACAAGCGUGUGCAGGAGCACAGGAAGCUGGUGGAGCAGCAGAACGCAGAGAAGGCCAAGAAAAUAGAGGAGUUCCGUAGGCAGCAGAAACUCAACCAGGCCAAGCUUGCUGAAAACUACAAGGAGCAGAGCUGGGCUGCCAUGUCGGACCUUGAGAAGGAGCUGCAACAGAUGGAGGCUCGGUAUGAGAAGGAGUUUGGGGACAGGUCUGAGGAUGAGGAUGAGGAUGAGGGGCUAGAGGUGGGAGAAGAACCUGGUGAAAAUGCAGCAGAUGGAGCCGAGGAGCUGGUUGAAUAUUAUGAUGACCUUUACUGCCCAGCCUGUAACAAAUCCUUUAAAACAGACAAAGCCAUGAAAAACCAUGAGAAAUCCAAGAAGCACAGAGAGAUGGUGGCGUUACUACGGCAGCAUUUGGAAGAAGAGGAGGAGGCCCUCGGUCAGAAUGCUGAUAAGAACGGAGAACAGGACGAAGAGGAGGAGGAGGAGGAGGAAGUGGUGGGGACACAGAGGCAAAAACUCUCUAAAAAGCAGAAAAAGAAAAAGAGGCAACAGAAAGCAAUGCAGAACUGUCCAGAAGGCUUAGUUGAAGAGGCAACUGCCCAGGAAUCUUUUGACAAGAAGACAAACUCUGAGGAUAAAGAAGAAAUGGCAGCCCAAGAAGAAAGGUCUGACCCAGCAGAAAAGCUGGUGGAUGAGAACACAUCCCAAGAAACAGAUGAGGUAGUAGAGAAUGAACAGGAGGCAUGCACGUCCAGAGCUGCUUCAAUAAGUUCUGCUACAAAUAAAGCAAAGAAGGGAAAGGAUUCAAAAAAGGGCAACCAGAUGCGUGCAGCCACUGAUCAACAACCAGAGAAGGAGGCACAACUGCGCUGCAUUACCUGUCACAAUGAGUUUUCAACCAGGAAUAAAUUAUUUGACCACCUGCAGACAACAGGCCAUGCAACUGCGCUGCAUCCACAUUCCUCUAUUAGCAGACCUACACCUGGCAAGAGCAAAAAGGAGAAACGGAGAAACAGAUAACUUGCGAAGCAUUCAGUGAAAACUGAAUUACACUGUGACACUAGGUUUUAAAAAAAUAUUUAAAAGUAUCCCUGCCGGGGAGACGGGAUCCCUGCAGAAGAAUAAGUACUAAAGCUAUUUUCCUAGGAGAAAGCAAAGCUAUACCUUAUUGUCUGUUUUAAGGACCUUUUUUUUAUUCAAACAGUUGCUGAUGACAGCAACUACACUUUUUCAUUCUGAUCAUACUGAGCAUUGACAUUUCUGUUUCUUCUGCAGCCUAGAAUAAAAUGAUACACUCA